GCGCAGACGUGCAACGCACUUGCCAGCCACCACCCAUUCAAUCAUUCAAAAUUUCAAAUACUUUAAAGAUCUCUGGCAUCCAGACCAAGUUCAUCAAGAAUUACUAAAAACGACGUCCUGAAACAAGUAAGUAACAAGGUAGUAUGACGGAACCCUUGGUACCGUCUCUAAUGGCCGCCAAGCGAUCGCUUCUCCUCUGCCUGCUCCUCUUGCUGCCGUCUUUUGCCGUCCCAGGCCACGGCCAGCCAAGCCGUGGCAUCCGCCUUGAGCUGACACACGUCGACGCCCGCGGCGACUUCACGGGGUCCGACCGCGUCCGCCGCGCCGCUGACCGGAGCCACCGCCGCGUGAACGGCCUCCUCGCCGCGGCCCCGCCGCCGGCUGCGUCCACGCUGCGGAGCGACGGUGGUGGUGGUGGCGCCUGCGCCGCCACGGCGGCGGCAUCCGUGCACGCGAGCACGGCGACCUACCUCGUCGACUUCGCCAUCGGCACGCCGCCGCUCGCGCUCUCGGCCGUCCUCGACACGGGCAGCGACCUCAUCUGGACGCAGUGCGAUGCGCCGUGCCGCCGGUGCUUCCCGCAGCCCGCGCCGCUGUACGCGCCGGCCAGGUCCGUCACCUACGCCAACGUGUCGUGCGGCUCCAGGCUCUGCGAUGCGCUCCCGAGCCUCAGGCCCUCCUCCCGCUGCUCGGCGUCGGCGUCGGCGCCGGCGCCGGAGCGGGGCGGCUGCACGUACUACUACUCCUACGGCGAUGGCAGCUCCACCGAUGGCGUCCUCGCCACUGAGACGUUCACGUUCGGCGCGGGCACCACCGUCCAUGACCUCGCCUUCGGGUGCGGCACGGACAACCUCGGCGGCACAGACAAUUCCUCCGGCCUGGUUGGCAUGGGCCGGGGCCCGCUGUCGCUGGUGUCGCAGCUCGGCGUCACCAAGUUCUCCUACUGCUUCACGCCAUUCAACGACACGACAACGUCAAGCCCUCUGUUCCUCGGCUCGUCGGCGAGCCUCUCGCCGGCCGCCAAGUCGACGCCGUUCGUGCCGAGCCCGAGCGGCCCGCGGCGGAGCUCCUACUACUACCUCUCCCUGGAAGGGAUCACCGUCGGGGACACCCUGCUUCCGAUCGACCCCGCCGUGUUCCGGCUCACCGCGUCGGGCCGCGGCGGUCUCAUCAUCGACUCCGGCACGACGUUCACGGCGCUAGAGGAGCGCGCGUUCGUGGUGCUGGCGCGCGCGGUCGCUGCCCGCGUAGCGCUGCCGCUGGCCAGCGGCGCGCACCUGGGCCUCAGCGUCUGCUUCGCGGCGCCCCAGGGGCGGGGGCCCGAGGCCGUGGACGUGCCGCGGCUGGUUCUCCACUUCGACGGCGCAGACAUGGAGCUGCCGCGGAGCAGCGCCGUUGUGGAGGACAGGGUCGCCGGGGUCGCGUGCCUGGGGAUUGUCAGCGCGCGGGGGAUGUCGGUGCUCGGAAGCAUGCAGCAGCAGAACAUGCACGUGCGGUACGACGUCGGGAGGGACGUCUUGUCCUUUGAGCCCGCUAACUGCGGCGAGCUCUAGGAUUUGGGAACGGUGCGUUGAAAUAAAUGGGGACCAUCUGUAUGCUGAUGUUCGAAGCAUAUUGCAGCUGAAUGUUUGAGGGAUUGUUUUUAGGUGAA